GCACAGAAGUCUCUGAACUUUGGCUGCUCGGGACACAUAAGCUCAGUUUCAAGCCUGUGAGUGAACCAGGUUCGGCGGUGUGGGCUCAGAACCAAGGUUUCCAUGGAUGAUCCAAGCCCCCCAUUAUCUCUACAGGACAAUGGUUUUAGUGUGGUAUACAAUGAUCCUCCUGGGACAUCCAGGGAAGAGAUAGAAAACCUCAAGGAAGAGCUGAACACGUGGAAGAAAAGAGUUGAAGAGGCUGAAAAUGUAAAGCUUGACCUUGCUCUCUCCAAAUCAACUGCUGAUGAAGAGUGUGGCAGAGCAGAGAAGCAGCUGGCAGAGCUGAAGGAGCAGGAGAAGCAGUGUAAGGACAGAAUGUUCAGCUCUGAGCAGGAACUCCUUCUGCUAACCCAAGAAAACACUGAGCUGAAAAAAGAGAUUGAAAAGCUCAAAGAAGACCUGAAGGAAUACAGUUCCCAGGAUAACCUGAUCCAAAAGAAGGUGGCAGAUAUGAAAUUGAAGUUCAGUCACCUGGAGGAGAUGAAGGAUGAGGGGGCAGAUGUGGACAUGGACACUCACUGUGUUUUUGGGGCAGCCACAAAAAUCCCCUUCAGACUCAACCAGAACCAGGCACUGCUGACUUUUGAAGAUGAAGAAGUUGCCCAGAGGCUGACAAAAAAGAGCAAGCACUGUGUGAACCUGGACAACAGAACAGCAAAUGUGACAGUGAAGCCUUUUGAGCUUGACAUGGGAUUCCAGUUUGAGCUCCAUGUCACUGUGUCUGGAAAGAAGAUCAACGUUUCAGAGAUCCCUGAGCUUCCCAUUCCUAAAGAUUGGAUGAGAGACAAACUUGAGCUGAAUUUCUACAAAACUGAGCAGGCAGCAGGAGGAGGAGAAAUCAAAAAUGUGACCUACAACAAGGGGGCUGGGACAGCUGUCAUCACAUUCCUCAAGCCUGGAGCAAGCAAGAACUUUGUGGGAUGCACUAAAUACCCCUUCUAUGCAGAGGGAAGGUGCUUCAGCCUUUGUGUCUCCCCACAUCUUGAUGCUCACUUGAGGAAGUUUCAGCCUUACUGCAGGGUUUCCAAGAAAACCAUCCUGCUGAAAGGAAUCCCAGAGGUGGAAGAGGAUGAGGAAAGUGUGCAGGACAUGAUUGAAAUCCACUUCCAAAAGCCAAGCAACGGCGGGGGGGAGAUAGAGAAAAUCAAAUUCAACUCCAGAGGAGCAACCUAUGUUUGUUUUGAGGAGGAUGCUGGCAGUGCCUCCUCAGAAAUCACAGGGAACUCGUGAAGUUCUGAGGUUUUGUUGCUCAGAGGAAUUUCUGUAGAUGUUGUGCUUUAACUGGUGCUGCAAUAGAGGAAUCCCAGCCUUUCUGAUUUGCAGAGCUCCUGUGUUGCAGAUGAAAGGCACAGCCCAAGCCUUCAGCAGCCCCUGAAACAGAAUCUCAGCUUUUCUGCAGCUUUGCAUAUUUAAAACACUCCAGAGUGGGAUUAUUUCUUACAUUCUGGGUACAAAAGCCAUAUUUAAUCCCAAUCCAAGGCUCCUCACGUCACAGCCCUGCUUUGUUGAGGUGCCGGAGUUUCAGAAGGUGGCUCUGACACAACCCCAGUCCUGCUGAGGUUCCUGAGUGCCACCAGAACUCAAAACACCUGAAAGAAUCCUGUCAUUUCAUAAAUUACAAAAAAAACCCACCUGUGUAAUUUUAUCCAGGAAUUUAAUAAAGAUAUUUUUAUCCAAAUAGUGAUAGAAUUAAAAUAGAAAAUGGGGGUGCAAACCCAAGAAAUUGCACUCAAGAAAUGCCCUGGAAUUUGCUGCCUUUAGCUGUUCAGCUUCUGCCUGUUUUAUUGUUGGAUUUUAAUAUUUGUUUCUGCUAUUAAAUUUUUCUUCAUUUU